UUGGAGUCAAGUGCUAAUUGUGGAUUGAACUUAUUCUGGGAUUUCUAUGCUGGAUGCCAGGCUCAGCUGUGAGCCAUGUAAUUAGGAGACAGUUACAAAUGAGAAGAGACAGAAGGCAAGAAAUAUAGCUCCUAGGACAGUUGUGAGACAUGGCAUCCUUUUUAGAAACCAAUUACUGGUCCUUAUCAAUUCAUUUGAUUUUUUCCUACCUCCUUCAAGUGAGCUCAGGGCAAUGUACCUCCCCCCAACCUCCUACCUUGCAACAUUGUUGUGAGAAAGUGAGAUACACUAACUCAAGAACAUCUGGCGAGCUCUGGGUCAAAGAAAGUGUUCUAAGCUGGGCCUUUCGAGUUCUAACACCACUAUACCCUUGCAUGCUUUUGCUGGGGUAUUUAGAGGUGUUUUAUUUAUUUAAAAUAUUUAUAUCACAGGAAUAUAUGAUGGAUCCUUAUAUUAUAAUUAUAAUGGAUCAAAGCAUUGGUCUGUUAAGGUUAGUAUUUUCUACUCAGAGCAACAGUUGCUCUCCAGGGAUCUCAGGCUGAAAUCUUUCAUAUCACGCACUACAUGAUCCUUUCAGCUGGAGAUGCCGGGCACUGAACCUCGUGCUAUUUGAACUGGACCCUGAGCGGCGGAAAUUAGCAUGUUAAAGGGUCUAUUCCAAGAGAAAAAGCAAUAGAUACCGAUUCAAACUAAAUGAAAUAUUUAUUUACUAACAAUCAGACACACAACUAAAAGUAGACAAAAAUUGUUUCUCAUCUUUAACACAACUAUAUACAUAUAACUCCUUCCCUAUAAACACAUGCAUGCACAAAACUGACAAUGGGGGAAAGAAAGGAGAGGGAAAAUGGGUAAUAUACUAUUUGAUUCAAGGAGGAUAAUAAGUUAAGAAUUGCAUAUAGAAAGGAAGCUGCAUAUCUGUCGCAGGGGUGUUCAACUAAUGGAAGAAACCUGACUCACAUUGCGCAGACCUGCGCUUGUCCUUUUAUGGGAGAAAAGUCCGUAGUUUGGCAUGGGAUCUGACCUUUCCAGGCUCAGGACUGGUCCAAGUAAUAAAGUUCAAAUUUGAUUGGGCAGUUUGAAGAGCAAAUAACCUUCACAGGACAGUCCAUCCUGCGAUAGCUGAAAUAGUAUCGUUAGGAAGCUUGAUACUAUCCAAUCCGGCCUGUAAUGGCAAUUAAAUUAAUUACGGGUGGGAUUAUAAAACAAUGAAUCAGUUAAGAACGUUAGCAACCACUGCUUUUGUGAAUAGUCAAAGUGCUUGUAUGCUUUGAGUUUACCUCUUUUUUCCCCCUCCAGGACCUUUGUGUUUGUAAUCUGCCAGCUGAAAGAUUGGAGUCUAUCCCACAGAAGCUUCUGCCACAAUAAAUGUGUUAGUCUGUAAAGUACUGAAAGACUUCCGGCUAUAAAAGAGCCCACAGAUAUCGCGAUCUAAUUUAAUAAAUGCAAUCCAACGCCUCUUUAGAUCAGCCUGGUUUGCUGCUUCCCUCUUCCUUCCCUUUACUUCCGCCCGUUGCUGCUCAUCAAGCACCGGCAGCCAACCUCAUCCAAUCGGAAAAGCCCAGGGCUUCUUCCCACCAUAGAUAAAAAGGAAGCACCAGGUUUUUAGUGCCUAGAGAAGAAGGAAGGGAAACCAUAGCACGAUCAGGCUGGACCUCCGUCCCACCCCUUGCUGGUCGACAGGUGACCAGCCUUUCUACGAUGCUCAUUGGAGGAAAGAUGGAAGAGGCGCGUUCGAGCGAUCUAAUAGGCGCAAACUGAGCCAAUGGGGAGCAGGCGCGGAAUGCGAAAAAGCGACUGUUGCCUCCAGGGUGGGCCCGGGGUCUUUGAGGCGCCUGAGGGACUAGCGGCCUUGCUUUCGUGGCCGUUAUGAGGCGACGGAGUGGGCUGCAGAGCGCCGGCUCUUUCCUGGAGCCGCUUUCCCAGUUGUGCUUAAGCCCCAUGUCCCAGACAGAGCCCGGCCAGGAGGCGCCCAGCUUCCUCUACCGCAGCUUCUUCGCCCAGGAGUGCGACGCGGUCGUGUCCCAGCUGAGCAGGGCUGCGAAUGAGAGGCGGCCGCGUUGCGUCUCGACCGUUCAGGAUGAGACGCUGACCCCGCUGGAGUCUCCCAGCUCCUUCUUGGAGAGUCCCGACGGCGGUUCUUCACCUCGGCCUGUCCCCGAGCCCGCCUCUGCCGGCUUUGGCCCGCCUGAUCGUUCCGCGGCAGGGCCGUUCAGUGAGCAGAGCCCGAGCCUGGCAGGGGCUUCUCCUGGCGCAGGAGCACAGCCAAUCGCCACGUCCCCUGGCUUCGACCUGGUAGGGGCUUCGUCCAGGCCUGAACGGGAGAAGGACUCGCCACCGCCUAGCGUGGCCAACAUCACGUAUGACUGCAUGAGCUCUGGUGGCUCUGCCGACGCCACGUACCUCUGCACCGGGUCCACUUCGCCGGGGAAGAAAGAGAUGGCCGUAGACGCAGCGCCCGCCCAUCCUGGCCUGGAGGUUUGUGGGCAGCUGCUGCCCAUUGUCACGUCCACCCCCUUGAUGGUGCCUCCCCGUUCAAAAGAUGCACCCCCGACAACAGAAGGCCCCCUGAAUAGGGAAGGCUCCGCGCCAGACUCCUGGCAAAAGUCUCCGGAAGAUCCGCUGCAGGAGGCAACGUUCAGGGUCAGUUUUACAUCCAGCCAUGAGAGCCUUCCUGCAGCUGCCAGAAAUGGGGCUAACCAGGUGCCUCGUGUUUCUGGUAAGAUUCCCCUUGCCAAGAGAAGUCUGGCUCUUAGAGCUCGAGGGGCUCAAGGCAUAGGAGGUCUUCCUAGAGGCACUGGUGUAAUGAAGAAAAUCCUGCAGUCAGCUGGUGGAUACAACUUUCGGAACUUCCUUGGGCCACCAGAGAAAUCAGGAUCAGCCAUACAGAGCCAGCCAGUGGUUCAGAAACUCCUGCCUGAUGAGAUAACAAAGGCAGAUUUGACAGAACUGCCCUGCAAUAAGAAGCCCCCGAUUUCCAUCCAGCCUCCCUCCAAACUUGCUGGUAGAUCUGGAGUUCAAGGCUCCCUAGCAUGUCUGGGUCUGAAGCCCCACAGUUUGUCAAGAGAUACUUCAGCAACAAGGCUUCCAGGUCCUGCAGGCAACAAGACAACAACUAAGAGCAUAGCUGCGAUUCAAAAACGCCCUCCGUGCGGACAAAAACCAAUUCGACAAAACUACUAAGCAUCCCCCCCCUGAAUCCAGCUUUCAUUUUCCUCAAGUUGCCGCAUCCCAUUUGCUUCUGUGCAAAAGUCAGAAAGAGAAGUCCACAAGUAGUGAUCUGAUGGCUGUUGGACAAACCCGAAAUGCUGCUCUGAAGAAGGACUUCACUGCAUCUUGCCCAAAGUGCCAAUGGCUGGCUGAAGAGAAUCAGCGGUUGAAGAGCAUGUUAGAAACAUGUCAAAAGACUAUUGCCUCCCUGAAACAAAAGCAAGCUGCAGUAGAAAAUGAAAACUGUCCCCCUGAGACAGAAGCUAAAUGAAGAGGCUUCUUGGAGUUCCUGUGUCAGAUUAUAUAAAUGAGACUUUUUAAAUGAAGAAUACCAGUGGAUAUUUUAUAAUAGACAGGGCCUUUCUGGAUAUAUAUUAGGAGUAUAAUGAAUAUAAUAAAAUGAACUUUUGCUGUAAAAUAAAUAUAGUCCCUGUAAAGCAGAGACUGUGUUUUCUUGUGUGUAAACUGCCUUGAAUGGUCAUAGAGGCAUGAGAGAAAUAACAUGGUUUUAGACUGCCUGUCAGGAGCUUUGCUAGUCCCUACACCUUAACUGUCGGUUGUAAUCCUUGGUUUAUCUGGCCAUACCAGAGUGCUCAUCUGAAAAUACAAUUUUGCACUCCUCCCAAUUUCAGUGACAUGGAAAUUAAAAAAAAACCCUGCCAAACUCCUUUUCAUCUGCCUGUCUGUUUCCUGCUGUCUUGCAGGCUGGGCUCUGGAAGAUGUCCAGCAGAUGGAGUACAAACUUAGUUAAAACCAUGGCAAUGCUGAUUAUCAGGAUAUAGCAUAACUGCUGUUCUGAAUCUGUCUCCCUCUGGGCAAAUUGCUGGAAUCCAGAUCUACUGACAACAAAGCUAAGUCAAGACCCAAGCCCUUUUUCUCUGCUCUUUUGUUGAGCUUGAUUUCUUUCAUUUCAGCAGUUGUACCAAGGUCUGCCAGCCAUUUCUGAGGCUACAGCAACCUAUGAACUCAGUCACUAUUUUCUUCAAAGAUGCUCCUAUCUAUAUACCUUCUACCUUCUUAGAACUCCUUCAGUGCAACUGUGCUUUGGAAUGUAUACCAAAUACAUGCUUCUAAUUAGUGGAACAGAGGUUUUCUUGGUGUGUACAGACCUGUCAUCCUACAUUGCAGGGAAUAAUUUGGCCUCUAAUUUAUUUAAAAAAAACACCAAAUCUCCUGUCCACAGUGGAGUUGGUAACAGUAUCGUGGCCUGCUAGCUUCCUUCUUCCUUGUUAGAGUGCCUUGCCACCUGGCCAUCUUUAGGGUUUGAGGACUACGUUAAGUUUGUGCUGCUCUUACUUCCCUAAAAGUUAAGGCAAGGGGGAGCUGCAUCCUAUUUGGUCUUUCAGAACGAGAAAAUGUUACUUUAGUCAACUUAAAAAAAACACCUGUAUUCCACAUUCAAAUGGCAUGAAUUCCAUUCUUGUGCUGUGAAGAUUUUAUAUCUAAUGUUGAAAGAUCCAGAAUCUGCUCUUAACCCAAGCUAGUAGUGUGGGACUUAGCAAGCUGUAACCAUAAGAUAUGAAAUCACAUGAUAUAGUCAUGAGGUUUUGAGACAAGAAAAGGGAGAAACAGACUUUACUAGUGUCAAGGCCAAGUCUGUGUACAAUAGACCAAAAGAGCUAGAGCUUGAAACUGCAAACUGAGCAGCAAUGCUAAGUCAUGAAGAAAUCUUCUCUAUUAAGUGACCCCCAUAUUUCUGUCCAGCUGCUUCUGGAAGUCUUUCCUUUAGAAAUAAUGCCUCUGUAGGGGCCUGGCACCCAGUUGGUGGUGGUUGUCUGCAACCUACCUGAUGGUCCCAACGCAUGGGCUGAAUACUACUGUUCUAGAGCAUCUGACUGCUAGAAGCAAUCAAAUACAAUUAUAAAUCCCGACAAUUGUUGACGUUAACCAGUUCAAUGAAAUUCAUCAUAUUUUUCCUCCCUUAUUCCAUGUUCUCUUUAUUAUAAAGCUGUUCUUUUUUUCCUGAAAAUUUAUGUUAUCUGGACACUGGAAAUAUAUGUAAAUGUUUCCAAUUAGAAUUUGCUUUCACAAAUUUAAGCAGAAGACUUAUGAUCUUAUAUUAUUAUUAAAUUUAUAGACUGUCCUUCCCCAAAGGGCUGGAGUUAAAUUAGGCUGGAGUUAAAUUAACAGGACUGAAAAGGCUUCUGUACUUUAUAAUUUGGCAUCGGAUCAGAUUUCCUAUAGCCCUUCUUGAAUGCCCAAAUUUGCAUGAAAAGCAGAUGAGUCAUUGUUGACCUUUCUUUGGAGAGUUCUGGACUUUUUUCUCUGUCAAAACAGUAGUGACUUGUUUUAUGAAGGAAAACUAUCCUGUGCACUUAGAAUACAGAAACAACAGGAAAGAGGUUUAUACAUAUAAAAGAUGAGAAUAAUUCCAAACAAAACAGCUCACCCUGCUCAGCAUAAAUGUUGUAUAUCUAAUUAUUCUCCAGAAUAAAAUAUAUAAAUAAUC